UACGUAGUAAUCAAACAACUCGCUGCCCAACGGUGAGGUGAUCCUGAGCCGGGGCUUUUAUCUCUUCUGCGCGUUGCCCCUCCCAGCGUUAGACCCAACGUCAUUGAGCAGGACCCUGGCUUGUGGUUGGGAGACACCGAGACUGCCAGUCCUUACUCCUCCAUAGCUCCAUUCUGUGCACGUCGAACCCCGCAAACCGCAGCCUCCCAUCAAUGCGCCUCUCCGAUCAUAGUCUGACUGCCGACACCGACUGAGACCUGCAGCUGCCUGCGAAAACUCAUAAGCUGCUCGACUGCGCCGCCUCCUCACCUCACUAAUACCUUCUCACCAUGGCAAACAACUCCAUCACGGCAGGUGCGCCUAGAGAAACGCCGAACGACGGCACUGGCUUGGUGCAACUCGACCCUUGGCUGGGACCUUUCAAGGACUCUCUUCGCAGCAGAUACAGCAAAGCACAACAGUGGAUCAAGACAAUUGACGAGACCGAAGGGGGCCUGGAGAAGUUCUCGAAGGGGUUCGAGAAGUUUGGGUUCAACGUUCGAGAUAACGGAGACGUGGUCUACCGGGAAUGGGCACCUAAUGCUCUAAGGGCGUACUUGAUCGGAGAUUUCAACAAUUGGAAUCGAGAUGCCACACCGAUGGCAAAAGACAACUUCGGCGUCUGGGAGGUCACGAUACCUGGGAAAGAUGGCCAGGCUACCAUUCCUCAUGAUUCAAAGCUCAAGAUCUCAUUAGUGGUGCCUAACGAUCAUGCUCGGCAAGAACGAAUUCCAGCUUGGAUCAAACGGGUCACACAAGACUUGAGUGUAUCGCCUGUGUACGAUGCGAGAUUUUGGAAUCCACCAAAGGAGCAGGCAUAUGUCUUCAAGCACCCCAGGCCUCCAAAGCCGCUCAGCGCCCGAAUCUACGAAGCCCAUGUUGGCAUUUCCUCUCCGGAACCAAAAGUUGCAACAUACAAGGAAUUCACAAAAAAUAUCCUCCCCCGCAUCAAGCACUUGGGAUACAACACAAUUCAGUUGAUGGCGAUCAUGGAGCAUGCCUACUAUGCCAGCUUUGGAUAUCAGAUCAACAGCUUCUUCGCGGCAAGCAGCCGAUACGGACUACCAGAUGAUCUGAAGGAGCUUGUUGACACUGCGCACGGCAUGGGGAUCACCGUCUUGCUGGACGUAGUCCACAGCCAUGCCUCCAAAAACGUCUUGGAUGGUUUGAACAUGUUCGACAACAGCGAUCAUCUGUACUUCCAUGAGGGUGCGAAAGGAAGACAUGAACUUUGGGAUAGCCGGCUAUUCAACUACGGCAGUCAUGAAGUGUUAAGGUUUCUUCUCAGCAACUUGAGGUUCUGGAUGGAUGAAUACAAUUUCGAUGGGUUCAGAUUUGAUGGCGUGACGAGCAUGAUCUAUCUCCAUCACGGCAUUGGAACUGGUUUCUCGGGUGGCUACCAUGAGUACUUCGGCCCUGGAGUCGAUGAAGAGGGCGUCGUCUAUCUAAUGCUGGCCAACGAAUUGCUCCACACGCUGUAUCCUAGCGUCAUCACCAUCGCCGAAGACGUUUCUGGAAUGCCAGGGCUAUGCAAUCCGCUAUCACUCGGUGGUGUUGGAUUUGACUAUAGACUGGCCAUGGCGAUACCAGACCUGUAUAUCAAAUGGCUCAAAGAGAAGCAAGAUAUUGACUGGGACAUGGGAAAUCUCGCCUUCACCUUGACGAACCGUAGACACGGCGAAAAGACAAUUGCGUAUGCUGAGAGUCACGAUCAAGCGCUCGUCGGUGACAAAUCUUUACUCAUGUGGCUUUGUGACGCCCAGAUGUAUACCAACAUGUCAGUUCUGUCGGAACUCACACCUGUAAUCGAUCGUGGCCUUUCACUUCACAAGAUGAUUCGCCUCAUCACGCACGGUCUUGGAGGCGAAGGCUAUCUGAACUUUGAAGGCAACGAGUUCGGCCAUCCAGAAUGGCUGGACUUCCCAAGAGCAGGCAACAACAACAGCUUCCACUACGCACGCCGACAAUUCAACCUCGUAGACGACCAGUUGCUACGCUACAGAUUCCUCAACGAGUUUGAUAGCAAGAUGCAGUGGACGGAGGAGAAGUACGGCUGGUUGCACUCGGACCAAGCGUACGUGAGCUUGAAGAACGAAAGCGACAAGGUCAUUGUGUUCGAGCGGGCGGGCCUGCUCUGGAUCUUCAACUUCCACCCAUCCACCAGCUUCACAGACUACCGCGUUGGCGUAGAGCAGGAGGGCACGUAUCGCAUCGUGCUUAGCUCAGACAGCAAGGCAUUUGGUGGACAUGGGAAUAUUGAUGAGAGCACGCGAUUCUUCACGACGCCUUUUGGGUGGAACGGGAGGAAGAAUUUCUUGCAGGUUUACAUUCCGACGAGGACAGCAAUUGUCCUUGCCUUGGAGUCCACUUUGUGAGCUGGACGCCGUUGUUAAUGUUCUUUGGUCUUUUCGAGAUGUGAUGUGGAUAAUUUGAGGGACUGCACUGGGAACACCAUAAUAGUUAC